AUGGCGCAGACACGAAUACGGGGUAGGCACCAAGAGGAUCACAACAAACAACCCGAAACCGAUGUUGCUACCUGCAGGUUCAUUGGGAUUGUUGUGGUUAUUUCGGUCUUCCUUACGCGCGAUGGAUCCAGCAGGAUUACCCAAUUGGGAAAUCGCAGCCACGAGCCUAGCAACGAAGGGCAUUUUGAGGGCAUUUUGAGGGCAUUUCGAGGACUGGAGGAGAAUCCGAAGGAACACCACGACGGAUUCUUUCUGAAUGCAAGACGGAUCAGCUUCUGCAUCGUUCAUGCUCCAUUAUCUCCUGGGGACCAUGAUCAGGAAAUUCCCCAAGUCUCGAUCAAUAAUGAGAGCUCUUUCGAGUUGUCGGGUGAUGUCAUCUGGGGAACCAUUAACUAUAUUGCCUCUUUGACGUGGACCUCCACCAACUUCAACUAA